AUGAGUUUAAGGCUAAUGGUACCUCGUAGUAGGAGACAUAUAGUGUCGUCAUUAAUGAAGAGAAAUAUAUCAGUUAUAACACCAUUAGUAACAAGAAGAUCAUUUCAUAAAUCAUAUUAUCAUUUACAACAAAAUAAUAAGAAAAAUCCAUUCGAAGAUUACCUGAAAGAUUUAGAAAAUUUAAGGAAGAAAUAUGAACAAAUUUUCACAAAUAAAGACGCACAAAGUAUAUCAUUUCCAGAAAUUGAACUUCCUGUGGAUCCAUUUGAAAGAAGAUAUCUUGAUCGUUUAUCUCAUGUUUUCAAAUUUAUGUUGAAGGAAUUUAAUAAAAAGUGUGAUGAAUUUGAAAAAUUAGGUGGGGUUAUGGUACUAGAUGAUAAAAUAGCCGAUGUUAUGAUCAAAGAUAUACAAGAAGAAUUUGCAAAAGAAUAUCCAUCGUAUCUGCCAUUAACCAAAGAAGAGAUACUAGAAACAGUUCAUAUUUAUUAUGUAUUAUCUAAUAGUUUGGGUUAUUUAGAUGAAUUGAAAUUUAGUAAUAUGGAUGUUCAAAGAUUAUUAACGGAAUUUGAUAAAGCAACUACUGAAAAUAAAGAUAUAAGUUCAGAUGAAAUUGCAAGAAAUUUAAAUCUUGAUCCAAAAGCAGUUCAAUAUUGGUUUGCUAUAUUUAACACAUUAAUUUCAACUCCAUUUGCAGUAAAUGGUAAAAAGACUUUCCCAUUAUGUCCAAACGAAUAUACUAUUAUUAAUGACUUUAAAAACAUUCAACAAAAAUUAGCACUGCAAAAUUUUCAAAAUGACAUAUUCUCAGCUUUUUUCAGACAAGCUAGCGAUAAAGGCAAAGACAGUAAAAACAAAAAGAAAAAAGAUAAAGGACCUAUUAAUAUCGAAGUUGAAUUUACACCAAAACAAAUAUUUCAAGCAAUUGCAAUACUAGCUCUUAUUGUAUUAUUAUUAUCUUUCACCAAUAAUGAAAACGCAAGAGAAAUUACUUUUCAAGAUUUUAUUGCCAAUUAUUUAAGUAAAAAUUUAGUAUCUAAAGUUGUUGUUGUUAAUAACUCUGUUGCAUAUGUUGAAUUAAAUGAUAAUGGAUUGCGUCAGAAUGCACAGAAAUUAUACUUUAAUAUUGGAUCAGUUGAAACUUUCGAGCGUAAUUUACGUGAAGCACAAGACAAAUCAAACAUACCACCGCAAUUAAGAGUACCAGUCACUUAUACAUCAAAGGGAAACACUACAAAAUUUUUAAUAAAUUUCUUACCAACAGUUUUAUUUUUAGGUGCUAUUUAUUGGAUGACCAAAAAAGCAGCAUCAUCAAUGGGUGGUAUGGGACCAAUGGGUUUUGGUAAAUCAACUGCAAAAAAAUUUAAUCAAGAAACUGAAGUUAAAACAAAAUUUAAAGACGUUGCGGGUAUGGCAGAAGCAAAAUUAGAAGUUACUGAAUUUGUUAAUUUCUUACAAAAUCCGGCAAAAUAUGAAAAAUUAGGAGCUAAAAUUCCAAGAGGUGCUAUUUUAAGUGGUCCUCCAGGUACUGGUAAAACCUUGAUUGCAAAAGCAACUGCAGGUGAAGCUGGGGUUCCGUUUUAUUCAGUGUCUGGUUCUGAAUUCGUUGAAAUGUUUGUUGGGGUAGGUGCUUCAAGAGUUAGAGAUUUAUUUAAAACAGCUAGAGAAAAUGCACCAUCAAUUGUAUUUGUUGAUGAAAUUGAUGCAAUUGGUAAACAGCGUUCAAAAGGAAAUGCAACUGGUGCUAAUGAUGAAAGAGAAACUACAUUGAAUCAAUUAUUAGUUGAAAUGGAUGGGUUUGAUAGUACAGAUCAUGUUGUUGUAUUGGCAGGUACAAAUAGAGCAGAUAUUUUAGAUAAAGCAUUAUUAAGACCAGGAAGAUUUGAUAGACAUAUUCAUAUAGAUAAUCCAGAAUUACAAGGUAGAAAAGAAAUUUUUGAUGUUCAUUUAAGAAAAAUUACUUUAGAAAGAGAUGUUGAUAGAGAUUUAUCAGGUAGAUUAGCUGCAUUAACUCCAGGUUUUUCAGGAGCUGAUAUUGCAAAUGUAUGUAAUGAAGCUGCAUUAAUUGCUGCUAGAUAUAAUGCAAAUGCUGUUACAUUAAGACAUUUCGAAUUAGCUAUUGAGAGAGUUAUCGGUGGUGUUGAAAAGAAAUCAAAAUUGUUGAAUCCAGAAGAACAAAAAAUUGUUGCAUUCCAUGAAGCAGGUCAUGCAAUUUGUGGAUGGUUUUUAAGACAUGCUCAUCCACUAUUGAAAGUUUCUAUAAUACCAAGAGGUCAAGGAACUUUAGGUUAUGCGCAAUAUUUACCACCAGAUCAAUACUUAAUGUCAGCUUUACAAUUAUAUGAUAGAAUGAUAAUGACAUUAGGUGGAAGAGUAUCAGAAGAAUUACAUUUUGCAUCAGUUACUAGUGGAGCUCAUGAUGAUUUUAAAAAAGUUACGAAUAUUGCUCAAUCAAUGGUUUUAAGAUUUGGUAUGUCACCUAAAAUUGGUAUGGUUAAUUAUUAUGAUACAAGAUCUCAAGAUGAUUUAACAAAACCUUUUAGUGAUGAAACUAGUAGAGAAAUCGAUAGUGAAGUCCAAAGAAUUGUCAGUGAAUGUUAUACUAAAUGUAAAGAGUUAUUGACUGAAAAAUCAAAGGAAGUAAAUUUAGUUGCACAAGAAUUAUUGAAAAAAGAAUUCAUAACAAGAGAGGACAUGAUUAGAUUGUUGGGUAAGAGACCAUUUCCGGAAAACAAUGACGCAUUUGAUAAAUAUCUCGACGGUGAUCAAGCUGCUUUCAAGAAUGUAAAACCGGAGAAUGAAAGAAAAGAUAAUGAAAAACCAACUGAGAAAAAAGAUGAUGAAAAAAAUGACGAUGAAAAAAAAGAUGAUGAAAAAUAA